AUUCACCUGCACUGCACCACUCAUUCACAUUCACUGUUACCUCACUCACUCUACCUCACUCUCAAUCUCACCACUCAAGCUCUCCCAACUGCUCUUGGCGACCGCUUUCUACUGUACGACCACACCCCCUCCUUUCUUCGCGCCCUCUCAUUGCUCGGUGCGGCGCAGUGCAGAAGCAGCUCCGUCACCUCACCAGCCAAUUAAUGUGCCUUGUUUGCUAGCCGUCCUUGCAUCUCCGCCUCUCUAGAUCAGCCUUCCCUGCACGCCCACACUCCAAUCUUCCUGAUGCCACUGGGUUAAAAUCAUGUUGAGCAGAGACUCGGAGAGCCGGCGUCGUAAGAAAGAGAGCGACCGAGACAGCCCAAGGUUCAAGGACAGUGAGGAGGAGAAGGACAAAGACAAAGCCAAAGACAGAGAACGCCGCGACCGUCACAAAACUUCCUCUCGCUCGAGUCGGUCGAAAACCUCGACCUCUUCCAAGGACCCCAUUCGUGACGCGGAUGUCCGCCAUCAUCGCCACAAGAAAUCAUCCUCCCAUCAUUCCCACUCGUCACGUAAAAUGUCCGUCGUCCCUGAGAUGGAUCGGAGACCCCCAGACUCCCCUGGCGCCUCCAAAACAAGUCUACCAUAUCCUUCCUUUUCGAAAGCCCAUAGUAGAGAGGCCGUGGGUAGCAAAGACUCGUUGCCUGCUCCAAAAGCCGCUGUCUACACCCCCGACCCCACGGACCUAGGUCACACCAGUAGAGACAAACCAACGUCCGGAGAACGUCGAGCUGCAACCGCACCCCCGAGUCCACCUCUCACGGCAACGGCGGCGUCAGAACAGAGGAGAUCAGAGAGCAGGCAAAGCACACGGCGAUCGGCAGAACGUACAAUGGAAGAAGCUUCAAAAAGCCGGAGAAGCACGGAGAGCCCCUCGCGGACGUCGACUGGACCUAAAUUCUCGACUUCACGCUCAAGCCUUCGAGAGAGCACGUUGGCGGACAAUGUAUCGGACGUGACAAGGGACACAGAAUACUCUAUGCGCAGCAGCAGUCUCGAGACACCAAAGAAAGCCGCUCCAAGCAUAAGACCGCUCAGUCCCAAUGCGCACCCACCCGGACGGAGUGCUUCGAUAGGAUCGCACAAUAUACCCUCAGUAGCUCAAUCAACGACUGACUCAGAUGCAACGUCAAUUGCUCCGGAUCGAAAACCAGCUCGGAGAACAGCUUCAGUGUUGUGUCGCAACGAUGCGCCCCCAAUUUCAGCCGUCACUUCAACCCCCUAUACACCAAAUGUAAGGCAUACACCAAUCCCUACAGUCACACCAGAUUCACGAGAGCCAACUCCUAUCGAAGUCUUCGCGGAUGAUACCGAUGAAACUCCAGGAAAGACCGCAUCUAACCCUUAUGUGCAGCAACCUGCGCCCCCUCCACCACCACCACCACCUCCUCCAGCUCCUGUAUUUGAUCACCCACGAGUUGACUAUCUUCUACAAAAUGGUGGGCUAUCGCAUCUUGUUUCCCGUAACCUGUUAUCUGCGGCUGUCGGCAAGAAACCGGUUGCACCAUAUCAACAAUAUGCAUCGCCAAGGCCUUCCGACAACCACGCUAUCAAUGUUCAAGCAUUCUUUGCGCCGCUUGAGAAUCUCCUGAACGAUUAUACGAAGGUCAUGGAGAAGAAUGGCUCACUAGCUGUGGCCACCGGGUAUCGCUCAGUUGCCCGCAGAUUGCUGGAUCGUCUUGAGGCAGUAUUCUCGCGCAAUAUAUCAGAAGAGCGAUGUCAGUGUAUAAUGUGCCACUCGAGCGCCUUUGCACCUCCACAGACGGACCUGGAAAGAGGCGUCAGCUGGGGAGAAAUUCUCGAGUAUGUCUCAGGGCGGCGUGAGCUCCCUCCUUGGCCCCCAUUCUCUCUCGCACCUACUUCGACGGGGCUUGGGCUUCAAGGGCACGAAGCGCCAAUGCAGAAAGUAGAUAUCGACGUCCCCGAAGAGUAUCGCGAGCAUUACAUUCGACAGAGUAAGAAGACCAAGCAAGCAGUUCAGAGUUGGCUUACUGCACAGCCUGAAGAUCCCCCUCCAGAGGUAGACGAUGCAACUCUUGCCUUUGCGAUCAUGACCAAGCUUGAAGAAGAAAAAAGACCUGUUUUCUCGGCUCUUUUACGAGGUCAGUUGACAAUACCAGUCUCUCGAUCUCAGACACCACUGGAGAAUCAUCAACCAGAGCUGCUGAAGCACACUAGUCACGCAUUACAGAGGCUAUACCGCUUGCCAACCCUACCGCGGAAUCCUGAGUGCGCCAUAUUUCUGCUGAAACAUGCGGAGCUACAUCCUGUGCUCGCGACACUGGCAGCAGUGAGCAGCGGGGAAUGGGAAAUUCUAAUCUCUGGUCGAUUCGACGGCUUUCUUUGGAGUGGUGCUGAUAAUGGAGUCGGUACUCCCCUGAGUCGCGCUCCAUCUCGAGGCCCGACAGCGACUCCGCUCUCUAGGAAUGUGACCCCGUUCAGUCCAGGUGUUUCUCGCGGUCCAACUCCCUUUAGUCCAGGCCCGAGUGGAAGGAUAAGUCGAGGUCCGACGCCUGCUCCCAGCUCGUUCGGUGCGCCUGUUCAGAUGGACGAGGAGACCGAGAUUGCGGUACUUGCAGAGGUAGAGCGCGAAAUCUAUGUAGGAAUGGAAGCACUGGAAGAUGCUUUUGAGAGCCUGCAUAUGAAAGCCGAGGCUGUUCGGAAUGCUCUUCGAGAAAGAAGUGCGGGAUUGUCUAUGGCCGCACAAGCGCGGCGUGGCUCCAUGGCGGAGGAUGUGGAGGUUCGUUUGGGCACUCCAGCAUCCAUGUACGGGAUGGAUAGGUGGGAUGAGGAAACUGACGACGGAAUCGACGAUGAACGAUCAGAGCUGGCUCCUGACGACUCGGCGAGCAACAUCAGCUAUAAUCGACACAGGCGUCGUGGACAACGUGAACGAAAAACGCCUGCGCCUGUAGCAGAAGAGGAUGAAACCGUCUUCUCGGAAGAUUUCCGAGGAGAACGAUGAAGAGAAAACAGGCGGUUUGGCUGCCCUGUGAUGCGAAUUAGCAAGGCAUGGUUCAUUGGCGGCAUUUUCAGUACACGUACAUGUGGAUAUUGGCAUUGCAUUUGGAACCGGUGUCUGGUUUUUAGCAUGGCGUAAGGAUAUUAAAGAUGCAAAAGAUACCCCCCAACAGGGCAAAUGAAAUGACUGGCACUCACCGACAAUGAGAACGUUUGUUCAAAGGUUCAAGCAUUCAACAAUGGCGGCGUGCAAAUGUUUGUUACAUGCUCUGUCUCUAUCCCCAAAACAGCAUUGAUUGGGCAUUAAAGGCAGCAUGUACCGCAAUCGUAUAGUGAAUCAUUGGAUGGAAAUGAUGCCAGCGAAUCAAACACCCCGCGCUUAGGCAC